GGGAGGCGGCGGAGGGAGGCGGGAGCCAUGCGGGAGUACAAGGUGGUGGUGCUGGGCUCGGGCGGCGUGGGCAAGUCCGCCCUUACCGUGCAGUUCGUGACCGGCUCCUUCAUCGAGAAGUAUGACCCCACCAUCGAGGACUUCUACCGCAAGGAGAUCGAGGUGGACUCGUCCCCCUCCGUGCUGGAGAUCCUGGACACGGCGGGCACCGAGCAGUUCGCCUCCAUGCGGGACCUCUACAUCAAGAACGGGCAGGGCUUCAUCCUGGUGUACAGCCUGGUGAACCAGCAGAGCUUCCAGGACAUCAAGCCCAUGCGGGACCAGAUCAUCCGCGUCAAGAGGUACGAGCGGGUGCCCAUGAUCCUGGUGGGCAACAAGGUGGACCUGGAAGGCGAGCGCGAGGUCUCCUUCGGGGAGGGCAAGGCGCUGGCCGAGGAGUGGAGCUGUCCCUUCAUGGAGACCUCGGCCAAAAACAAAGCCUCUGUGGACGAGCUGUUCGCCGAGAUCGUCAGGCAGAUGAACUACGCGGCGCAGCCCAACGGGGACGAGCCGUGCUGCGCCUCCUGCGCCAUCCUCUGAGGGCGGCGGCGGCCCCGCGCCCCGGCGGGCACGCUCGGGGAGAAAACAUCGGGAAAAAAAAAAUCUCAUCGUGUUGGAAAUGUGGCUUUUCUCGGCAUGUACGUUUCGUCCAGUCUCGGUCAUGGCAUAUUUCCUGUCAGUGUCGGCGGCGGGCGCGGGAGCGGCCGGUCCCGCCGCCCGGGGAGC